GGUAAACCACGGUUGAAAUACAAUACCUGUGAGACGGAUGUGAAAGAUGCGAUUUGACGCACAACAUCUAACAUCUAUCAUUUAUGUGUGCAGAAUAUUUUUGCGCAUAUGUUCGAGCGAUGUUCUUUUCAGAAACAAUGAUCAUGAUCACAUCGAUGAAGCUGAAUUCACGCGGAGGAGCACUGCAUGUGGCUGCUCCUGACAUGACUCCGCAAUUUUCAUUCGAAAUCUCGAAAUUUGACGAUUAAAAAAUUCAAAAUUUUGACACUAGUAAUCUCGUACAAAUAUAUGAGCAGAAAUUACGUACCUACAUGAAUCUUGAAAUAUGUUAUUAACAUGCCACUCGUAUUCCGCAGUUGAGUCGAAACGUAGAAAUUUUGUUUAUUAUGGUUAGCCUAGCGUGCACCCUUUCGACGAAAAGACCGCUCUAUCGGGAUAUUGAAACAUGGAGAUUUUCGAUAAACACGUUGUGCUCGUUGCCCUUGGACGAAAUAAAAGGUGAUAAUACAGCGCGGAAUGUGAGAGCGGCAAUAUUUUCCGAAGUGAAUCCAACUCCAGUCAUUCGUAAUCCAAAACUCGUUGCCGUCUCCGAAGAUGUUCUUCUCAACAUUCUCGACAUGGAUCCAAGUAUCUCUGAGACAAGCGGAUUCGUUCAAUUUGUAUCCGGUGAACCAGUUACGAAUUCAACCCCGUUAGCCCACUGCUACGGUGGAUUUCAAUACGGAGAGUGGGCUUCGCAACUUGGGGAUGGCAGAGCACAUGUUCUCGGAGAAUACAUAAAUUCCAAAGGUGAAAGAUGGGAAUUACAACUAAAAGGAUCAGGUCGGACUCCUUAUUCCCGUACUUUCGAUGGACGUGCGGUGUUAAGAUCAUCGAUUAGAGAAUUCCUUUGCUCUGAGGCGAUGCAUUAUUUGGGUGUGGGAACAACCAGAUCAGCAGCGCUUGUCGUAGGAGAUGAUCCAGUUUUAAGAGAUCAAUUCUAUUCUGGCCACAUUCGAACCGAAAGAGCUGCGAUCUUAUUAAGGGUAGCACCUUCUUGGUUUCGUUUUGGUUCUCUUGAGAUUUUAGCACAUCGUGGCGAACUGUUACAGCUGAAGAUGCUCGUUGAUUACAUAAUACAAAAUCAUUUCACGGACAUUAACGCGCUCGAAUUGGAGAACCGUUACGUCGUGUUGUUUGGGCGAAUAGCACACCGUACAGUGGAGUUGGCUGUACAAUGGCAGAGCGUUGGUUUUGUCCAUGGUCUACUGAAUACCGAUAAUAUGAGCGUUCUCGGAAUAACCAUUGAUUAUGGUCCAUUUGGUUUCGUCGAAACCUAUGACUCCAAAUUUGUUCCAAAUUGUUCAGACAGAGCCGGAAAAUACUCGCUGGAUAAACAAUUAGAUGUCAUAUUGUGGAACCUAGAAAGGCUCGCGGCGGCUUUUGAACCAUUUUUUAAUGAAAAUCAGAAGAUUCACGUGUCGAGUAUAUUGAGAAUGCUUGCUGGAUAUGGAAGAAGAAAGUUAAGGUCAUUGAUGAGAGCGAAAUUGGGUCUGAUUACGGACGUUGAAGAAGAUCAACAGUUACUUGCCACUCUGCUUUCGAUGAUGGAGGAAACCGGAGCAGAUUACACUAUGACUUUUAGACAGAUGGCAUUGAUUCAUCCGGAUUCAAUGUUGGAUUGCGAUGUUCUAAGAAACCAUUGGGCACUUUCACGGCUAAUGUGUCACGAAUAUUACGCGUCAUUCGUGGAAGCUUAUAAGCGACGACUUUACUCCGAAGGAGAUUACAACGACAUGGAACGCAGGUCGAGAAUGAACGAGGUGAAUCCAUUGUAUAUAUUAAGAAAUUGGAUGGCACAAAGCGCAAUUGAAAAAGCUGAGAAAGACAAUUUUUCCGAGGUGAUGCUGCUACAUAAGAUAUUGGAGACACCGUACUCGGAGAAUUGCGAAGCCGAAAGGCUCGGAUACGCCGCACCACCAUCGCCGGAUGCUUAUCGAUUGCGAAUCAGCUGCUCUAGUUAGCCACAAGAUCGUUAACAUAGAUCACAUCAUAGUGAGAGGAAACUGCGGUGUACCCAGAAGUUGAACCCGCUGAUAGAGUACCACUAAUCCGUGUUUAAAUGCUUUUUCCAUGUUACAAAUGUCCGAUUUGUCAUUGUAAGACAUAUCGAUAAAUUCAAAUUGAAUUACCGUUGAAUCAAAAAAGGUAAUUUGUCGAACAACUAAAAUGCAUCCAUUUCGUAAUGCAUUCUCUAAUUUCUAGUUAAUUCGAAUUGCGAUCUGCGGUUUAUAUCGUUGUUCUACUUCCGCAUGAAGCCCCUCCAGCAAAGAGAAUUUCCACGAUUAUAAUCUAGAUCGAAGAUUCAAGUCCCUCUUGGGGUGAAUUAUGAUAUUGCGUCAGUAUAUUCUGUGUCCAUCUAGCCAGAUGAUAAAGUUGAUGUUGAAAUUAAUUUCUUGUGGUAAUCUACGACAUUUUUCCUUGAUCAAAAACUUGUCGGGAAAAAAAUUUGUUCAUCAUAUAAAGAGUCUAACGGAUACUAUUAUAAACCCAACUCUCGCUCUCGUUCAUCAGAUCUUAUCUGGUAAUCUUGAGUGUUGAACACAGUGUAACUCGGGUAACCAGUGAAUAGAAAAUUGUCCCAAAAA